UGGACCAAUUUGGUGUUGUGAUUCUGAUUAUCUAAUCAUAUGAUGAGUAAUGAGUGAUAAAUACAAAAUUAUGAUUCAUUUUCUAUGCUCCGCUGUUGAGAUUACUUACGUUUACUUGCGUAAAAGCUACUCUACUUUUAGUUUUUCGUCAAUUAAUUCCCAAUUUUCAUAGCCUUAAUCUGUAACCAAGUGUGCAGUUGUAAUCCAGUAAUCGCGAAUCAUGCAAAAAUUACAACUUAUUAAUCCAGUAAUCCCUCUGGUGGAAUCAUUACCUGGAGGUUUAGCUGUCGGGGACCAACUAACGGUAAUUGGAAAUACGCAUUUGAACGCCAACAGAUUUUCCUUGAACUUGCAAUGUGGUCCCAGUGUUUCACCUCGGGCUGAUGUAGCAUUGCACAUGACACCGGAUUUCAGUCGAAAUGUCAUCAUUCGUAAUUCGAUCCAGAACUACGUUUGGGGUGUUGAAGAAUCGAUGGGAGGUAUGCCGUUAGCUCGAGCUCGACCGUUUCAAAUCGACAUCACUUGCGAAGCUUCCAGAUUUGUUAUCGUAUUCGACCAUCAAAGCGUAUUCUACAUGAGCCACCGAAUGCCGAGUAAUCGUAUUACGCAUCUUGCGGUAGACGGAGAAGUUAUGCUGAACGAAAUACGUCUUUCUGCGUCUCCGUCGUCGAUGCCCUACGCUGGUGCACCGCCACCUUACGCCGCAGCGCCCCCAUAUCCUGGUACAGCUCCUCCGUAUCCCGGUGCUCCUCCUGCGUAUGGUUCAAUGCCUGGGGUGCCCUAUCCCACGCAGCCUGGUUCCGUGCCUUAUGCUCAAGGUGUUCAUGGAGGGCCUUACGUUCAACCGAAUCAGAACAAAGGUCCUCUUGGAAAUUUGUUAGGAGCUGGUGUAGGCGCUGGCGUUGUUGGUGCUGCUUUGAGCGCUAGAUCUGUGAAACCCAAAAAGAUUAUGAAACAUCAGAAGAAAAUGGCGAAAAAAGCCUUGAAAUAUGGCGUUCCUAUUGCUGGAGCUGGGGUUGGAGCUUACGCUUUAGGUAAAGCUAUGGGCCAUGGUCAUCAUCAUCAUCACCACUUCGGCAGAAAGAGCAGCAGUAGUAGUAGCAGUAGUAGCAGUAGCAGUAGUAGUAGUGACUAAUUCUCAGGAUUUUUAUGUAUUAAAUUUAAUUCGAAGUUUUGUAAUUCAUUGUAAUACAAAUCGUACCAAAUAAUUUUAAUUUAAAAUACUGUUACGUUUACGUGGAAAAAAGCCUUCCUGUUAGUCUAAGAGACUGAUGUAGAUGUUUGAUCGAUUGAAUCAAAUAUCAUGUACUUAUAAAUUGUAAAUAUUUUAUGUAAUUUUAAUAAUGGUUCAAGUUUAAAUUCCAACAGAAUUAUUUUUUAACUGUUUAAACUUCUACGUAUUACCAUAAAUUAGUUGAUAAGAACUUAUUGUUUUCUUUUUUACGUAUCGUGGAUGUUAUAUGUUUCGUUAUUAAUUUGAAAAGAGAACAUGGAGUCUAAGCCAUAGCAUUUUUAUUUGUUGUCUAAAAUGGUGUGAUGCGAAGUUGAAUGGUCCUAUUAGUAUUAGAGGAAAAAUCAAGAAAAUACGUAGCGCCAGAACUGAGACAGAAUUAAUAGGUCUAAAGCAAUAUAUUAUAGGUAAAUGAUACAAAUUGAUACAUUUUUGAAAUAGCGUUAAUUACGUAACCACAUGCAAGACUCAUAGUCUGUUCCAUAAUGUUUAUAGGUUGUUACGCAUAUGCAACAACACAUUUUAAAUAUUUACAAAAAGUACAAAAACCCAAAUUAAAAUUUUAGGUACCCUGUACCUGUCAAUUGCGAUUUUCGCGGAAAUUCUCAAGUGAGCUGACUAAUUUUGGUAAAAACAAAUUUCUCCUAAAUUGAGUUUUUCUAUUAAGUAAAAGAAAUAAUGGCAAUAUUUUCUAAAGAAUUCGCACUUGCCAAGUUUACAUUAUUUCAAGAGAAAAAAUGUUGCCAUUUUCAGAUUCAAAAAUGGACAGAUGAUGUAUAUUACAUUCGUAUAGCAUACAUCAGUGUCCAUUCAACUGAUUUUGCUAAAAUUUCAUUCAAGGCAUAGGUAUUAGGUAUACACACCGGCAGAUGUUCAAUUUUCAUAGCAUCUGUAAUUCGUUUCUAAAAUGACAUAAGUAUGCACAUUUUAUGACAAAUAGAAAGACGUGAUUUCAGAUUUCCGCAACAUAGUCGACGUACAAUUCUUUCGUGCCGUGAACUCUGGUGACUAUCGUCGAAUUUCAAAAGUGUUGAAAGAAUAACGAUCUAUUGGCUCAGCAUCAGAGAAAACAGUUUUGAUGAUCUUACUCUUCGGACUUCCUUCCUCUUGCAACCAUUUCUUCCUAUUGAUUAAUUCCGCUAUUGAACUUUAUAAGAGCUAAAUGUUUUCUAAAAAUACACACAUACUUACAUCACUUGGACUUUAUCGACUUCUCCUUCGAGAACUCCCUUUACUGUAUUCGUUGAUGUAUUCCUGCACCAACCUUUCAAAUCAAGUUCUAGGCAUUUUUUCUGGGUGAACUUUAUACAAUGAAAACACGUUAAUUUGAGAAACUCAUUCCGAUUAUUAUGGCACUAAAAACUACUUACUUUUCGGAAAAAUACUCCUGAAAAAAAAUAAAAAUUCGAGCGCGCGAAUUGUAAUAAUAAUAUUACAAAAUAAUAGCGGAUUUUCUCUUAUCGAACUACUCUUUAAAUAUAGGCGACUGUCGCUCUACCUUGAACCGUUCCAAAUACUUCAAAUUCUACUCUCACGAGUUUGGUGGACAUGGUUAUCGUAAAAAAUUUGAUAUUUGAUCUUGAAUCUUGAUGAACUGGAAAAAAUUUAUAUUCAAUUUUUACUUCAAGUUAUAAUAAUCCUAAGAAUGUGGAUAUGAGGGAUGUUCAUUUCAUUAAAAAUUUUGGCUGUUCGCACUUACUUCGUUAAUGUAUAGUUGUUAGUAAAUUAGUACCUCUACCUCUACCUUAAAUACAGGUAGGUACAGGAUCACCUCGGCAACCAAAAAAUUAUUAUCAAUGAUUUUAGCUCUAUAAACUCCAGGUCUAAACCGGUCGGUACUGACUGAUACAAGGGGAUCUUUGAGGACUUGAGGAGUGAGGACGAUUGGAGGACUAGGAGGACUUUGAGUUUGGGGCUUAUCUGCAGCCAAUAAGCGAUCGAAUAUUAGAUUUUCAUCGACUGUAAUUAACACAAGUUUCAUUCAGAAUGAGAGAACCAAAAGAGAGCCCAUGGAAAUUCAGCGAACCAUUGUCCUUCCGUAAGUGGCUGAGGAAAACUAUGACACCAAUGGGUUACGAUAAGGCGCUGAAAAGGAAAGAACGACUCGCCGUCGUAUAUUUCUUUGCCAGUUUGUUUGGCCUGAAUCUGUGUGCGAGGGAGAUUUGGAACUCCCGUAAAGAUGCGCCGGGUGUUGAAGCGGAACAUCCUGGUUUGCAACAGUAUUUGGCUGCAACGCCGGUAGAAGAUGUACCUGACAGGAAAGCUUAUAUUCUUAGCUAUGAAAACUUUAAAUUUAAGAAAAUGGAAGUUAUCGAUGUAGAUGAAUUUGAAAAAAGACGCCGCGAAGGAUCCGACAAAUGAUAUGAUUUGGAAGUAGUACGAUUUGAAAUGUAUAUACGUUGAACGAUGUCGAGAAUUGUAACCAUUAAAUUAAAAUUAAUUAUUGAUUUUUA